UCUAGGAUUUCAGGGCUUCCAGCAAUCAUCCCUAAAUGUAAUGUCAGAUGUAGCAGUUAGGUAUAUUCGUGACAUUGGAAAAACCUCUAAUCUCUAUUAAAAUCUAGCCAAUCGGAAUGACUGUGAUGUGUUGGAUGUUAUUCAAGCAUUGAAAGAGUUAGGAUCAUCACAUGGGUUUUCCGGUGCUUCAGAUGUGAAUCAUUGCCUUGCGAAUUCCGGUAUAAUUAGGGAACUGAUUCAAUACUUUCACGAUGCUGGUGAGAUUGCAUUUGCAUAUUCAGUUCCCUGUUUUCCUGUUUCGAAAGACCAAAAGAUCAGAUCAAGUUUUAUGCAACUGGGAGAAACUCCGCCUGACCAACACAUACCUGCUUGGCUGCCAGCAUUUCCCGAUAUCAUCACACAAUCACCUGUGGUUAACGAAGGAGGAGCUGAAACAAAUGGGGAAAUCGUCGAGCUUGUUAGAAAACACAAGAAUCCAGAGUCUUUUUUAAAUCUUCAACAAAUGUUGUUUGAAUUUCCUGCAGCUGUCGAAUCAGGAGAUGCUGCCAAAGGAAAAAGAGUUGUCGAGAGCAAUCCUUUUCUUACUACUCUUCAAUUUGGAGAGAAAGAAGUACAAGAAAAUACGGGUCGUAAUCAUAUUCCUUUAUUCGACACACUAGUCCCAGUUACUGGAGCAGAAAAAACCACAACAAAUGAAUGUGAAGAACAAGAAAGGAGUAAAGGCGUUGUUUUACAGAGCCCGAGACCUCUUAUUCGAUUUAAGCUUGGGAUAAAUAAUAAUAAGAAGCAACCCAAUGGCAAUAUGUCUUCCUGUUCUGGAAAGGAUAGCGAGAAUGACGAUGAAAAGAAAAAGAAGAGAAGAAUUGAUGAAUUGCCACAGAUUUUCCACCUCUUCUUCUUCAAGAUUGUAACAUGGUAUCAGAGCUUCAAGGUUAAGGUUCUUGGAGGUUUUUCGCUGCCUCUGUCGAUGGCCAGAACAGCCAUUGAUGGAGGGCUUUAUUAUAUGGGUCAUGAUGCAAUCAAGAAUGCUGAUGUUAGUAAUCCAGAUUUAACUGGGUGCUUGUUGACAUUGAUAAUAGAGAUGAUACAAUCAAGAAUGGUGACAAAAAGAUAG